GCCCAUCGCUUGAUCUUUCCAACCUCUUGCACUCAGCUGCACUGUCCUCCCACAAGACAACCCACCAAACACCUUUUAAUUUUCUCCUCCCCUGCUUACUUGCCCCCACUAAGGUUAUUAUCCACUCUCUCCUUUGUGGUCUCCGGCUGUUGCUUCCUCCACAAACCUCUCAAUUCCACCAUAGCUAGGCAUCAGCCGAAGAGCUCGCUUUCACAACGGCGACCAGGAACUUCGAAGACCGGGGAAAUAUAAUGUCAGCCCAGUUUGCAUCCGAGCAUGUUUGCUAUGUCAACUGCAACUAUUGCAACACCAUCCUGGUGGUCAAUGUGCCAAACAACUGUUCUUACAACAUCGUGACUGUUAAAUGUGGACAUUGCACAAUGGUGCUCUCCAUGGAUCUCAGUCCUUUCCACCAGGCACGUACUGUUCAAGAUAACCAGGUCCAAAACAGAGGGUUUCAAUGUCAUAAUUUUGGGAGCUAUGAGCCAGCUUCCAGAAGUCUACGAACAACAUCCAUGUAUCCGAUGUCGAACAAUCAGCAGCAAGUGCCACCAAUACAGCCCCCGGAGAAGAGGCAACGUGUUCCAUCAGCAUACAACAGAUUCAUCAAGGAAGAAAUACAAAGGAUAAAAACGAGCAAUCCAGAGAUUAGCCACAGGGAGGCAUUCAGUGCUGCAGCAAAGAAUUGGGCUCAUCUUCCUAGUCUCCAUUUCGGCCUGAGCAUUGCCGGCGGCGGCGGCGGCGGCAGCAAUUAGCUGAUCAAUCGUACAUGAGAGACGAUCGUCCGUGCGCGCGUGUGACCGCUAGCUGCUUCGUUCGCACGUACUUACGCUUCACAAUGAUGUGUGUGUCUAUAUAUAUAUAUAUGCUACUGUAUUAGACUUGUGCAUGCAUGUCCAUGCAGGAGUGAUACGUACGCUUCACAAUGAUGUAUGUUGGAUAUGAUGUAUAUUGCUAAAUAAAUGAAAGGAUUGGGAACUACGAACG